AUGCUAAAGGGGAAACUAUCGUUUUUCGGAGGUGGAGAUUCUCGUUCGGUGGAUAACAAUUCGUCAAAGAAUGGAGAGAUUCUUCCUACAUUGACGCUUGAAACUGAUAAACAAGUCUAUAGACCUGGUGAUCCUGUUAUUGUCACUAUUCAGAUCUCGAAUCCUUCGAAUGCGUACUCUCUUUUGAUGGAAAGACUCAGUUUUGAAAUCAGAGGCAUUGAGAAAUUGGAUACUCAAUGGUUUGUUACUCAAAAGGCUUUACCUAGUUCAAGGCAAAGAAGAGGUGAACAUGUUUUUGUAGAUUCUUCAACACCAAUCCUAGUAGCAAACCAGAUUAUUAAUGCUGGCGCAAGCAAAUCAUAUGUUGUGAGAACAAUGCUGCCUAGCAUUAUUCCACCAUCGUACAAGGGUUCAAACAUUCGCUAUUUGUACUAUGUUAGAAGUGCAAUAACCGGAGGGUGGCUAAUUCUGGAAAAUGGGCAAUCUCGCACUGAGCCAACAAAAGAUGUUACUGAUUUGGAAGUUCGUAUUCCACUACAAAUAUGGGUAAACCAGAAAAGCAAUGGAUUUCCAAAGGAUGAUGAUAUUGUUCCCUUAACUACUGUACAACUGGAUAUAUUUUGGAAAGAGAUGGAUGGAGAUGCUGAUUGGGUUAGAGCAAAUGAUAUUGAUGAUGGUGUUGAUGAGGAUUAUGACAGCUCAAGGGAUGAUAUAUCAUCUGUUUCUUCGUAUAACCCCACGAAAGAAAAUAUGUACAGAGGCUAUGGAAGUUCUCUAUCAUUGCGAUCUUCUUCUGCAAGAUCAUUGAACAGGGAUGCUUUGGAAGGUCACCGAACAAGUUUAUCUUCAAAUAUAGCACUUCCCCGGUUGUCUGUUGCUGAAGUAUUAUCUGAUUCUGGUGCUGAUGCCCUAUCAACUCAGAAGUCAUUUGCCAUGGAGCAACAGAAAUUUGGGAAGCAAUUUUCUGCAGAAGAUGACGCAGGAGUCUCCUCUUCACCGGAAGCUGGAGGUGUCGAAUCUUUAUCAUUUAAUUUUGUACAGACAUUUUCUGCAGCAGAAGGCUUCAUCAGAGGAAGGUCUUAUAACAUCAGACUUGAUGAUCAAAUUUUGCUUAAAUUUUCUCCAAAAAAUUCCGACUCAACUUAUUACUUCAGCGACAUGAUAGGUGGGACUCUAACUUUCUUUCCCGAGGAAGGAGCUAGGAGAUGCCUUGAGAUCUCAGUAACAUUGGAAACUUCAGAAACUAUAAAUAGACGCUUCGUCCAUCCUUCUAGAAGGAACUCCCCAACAAUCACCAAGGUUCAGAGUGACCAUCACGAGGUUGUUGCAGAUUUGCUCCAGACAAGUUUCCUUUUUUCUGUCCCCAUGGAUGGUCCAAUGACCUUCUCCACUCCACAUGUAUCUGUGCAAUGGGUUCUCCGCUUCGAGUUUUAUACAACUCCAAAAUUUGUGGAUUGGACAAAGUACGAGCAUCCACUUCUGAUUGAAAGAAGAGAAAAAACUGAGUGGGUUCUUCCAAUUACUGUACAUGCUCCACCACCUAGAACUCCUACUUCUGGCUCAAGAAGUGAGAAACUUUUCUCUCUGGACCCGAUGUGGGUGCACACUUGA